UUUCUUCAGUUGAGUGAGCGCCCACAGCUUCCAGCCCCGGCCAGGAUGUCUGUACUUAAUCAGAAGCCUGUGUUGGACAUGAUUAAAAAGUUCAGAAGGAAUUGGCACACUCUUUGUAACUCUGAGAGAACUACUGUAUGUGGUGCAGACUCCAUGCUCUUGGCAUUGCAGCUUGCUAUGGCGGAGAACAACAAACAGCUCAUUGGAGACUUUACAGUUUCUCUCAGUGAUGUCUUAUUAACGUGGAAGUAUUUGCUACAUGAGAAAUUGAACUUACUAGCUGAAGAUAUGGAAAUGACGGACAAUUAUGAGAACAUUAGGAGGACUUACGAUGAUUUCUUAAAGAACAGUAACAUGUUAGAUCUGAUUGAUGUCUACAAAAAAUGUAGUGCUUUGUCUUCUAGUUGUGAAAAUAGUAUCAACAUAUCCUCAAGUCAACUACUGGAUUUUCUGAUUGGCAAACAGUAUGCAGCAGAUGACAAAACUGAUGUGUUUGUGCCAGCAUCCCCAACUAGUGAACACAGUCAGGAUAACAAAAAGGUACAGUUACUAGCAAGGAAAAUUAUCUACUCUUACCUAAACCUACUAGUGAAUUCAAAGAAUGACCUGGCUCUGGCUCAUAUUCUCAAUAUUCCUGAGAGAGGACUUGGAACAGAAGCCUUCACCGAUUUGAAGCAUGCAGCUCGAGAGAAGCAAAUGUCUAUCUUUUUGGUGGCCACAUCAUUUAUUAGAACGAUAGAACUCGGAGGGAAAGGAUAUGCACCGUCACCAUCUGAUCCUUUAAUGACACAUGUAAAAGGAUUGUCUAAUUUUAUUAACUUCAUUGACAAAUUAGAUGAAAUUCUUGGAGAAAUACCAAAUCCAAGCAUUGCAGGGGGUCAGAUACUCUCAGUGAUAAAGAUGCAGUUGAUUAAAGGCCAGAACAGCAGGGAUCCUUUUUAUAAAGCAGUAGAGGAAGUUGCUCAGGGUUUGGAUUUGAGGAUUAAAAAUAUUACCAAUUCUCAACAAGAAGAUGUAGCUGUGAACACCACUGACAUCAGUCCUGCACGGCCAAAAUCUUAUGCCAUAAAUCAUGGGACCGCAUACUGUGGCAGAGAUACUGUGAAAAUGUUACUAGAUCUUCUGGAUGAAGAAGCAGCCAGUUCUCCUACCGGUAACAAAGCAGAGCUUUUAUAUGGUGAUGAAAACCCAAUUCAUCAUCCUGGAAUUUCUAUCCUUACACUUUUUAGAUCUCCCAAUCAAGUGAAAAGUUCACCGAUGAAACCCCUAAGAGAACGCAUCAAUAAGUCACUAUUGGAGAAUAAAAUUAAGAUGAAGCAAUCCUUAAUUAGAUCACAGUUUGCUUGUACCUAUAAAGAUGACUUCAUUAUAAACAAGGAUAAAUCGCAUAAUGCUAAUUCAUCAUCAAACCUUGUACAUGUUCUUCCCAUGGAAAAUGAUCUUUCUGAUGGUGUAAAUUUUUCUGUUGAAAGACCAACAAUUGGAACAAGUGCUGGAGUUGUUCAUCUGGACAGAAGCAAAAAUGAAAAAGUAGCAAGAAAAUCAAGUAGUCUGACAGGAAAUAAAAGCUCAAAAAGGAAACAGGUGGAUUUGGAUAAUGAAAAUAUUGUGGGUGAUAAUGAAAAUGAGCUACCACCUCAACAUAAAAAUGUUAAGAUACCAAAGGCAUCAAACAAUAUGCAGAAUAAAUUGGGUGUCAAACUAGCCAAAGUAGCAAAAAGCAGCAAGUGUUCUGCCAAGAACAAAUUGAUAACUGGCCAGACAAAGUUAACUCAGUUUUUUAGACUAUGA